AUGAAGACACCUAAAACUUUUGAGGAGCAAACAGAAUGCAUAGUGGAAGCUCUGCUUGCAGACUUCUCUGGAGGAACAUUACAGGUUGCUAAUCGGAACCUCAGGGGGGUGACUGAACCAGAUUCAGGAGAACCUAGCUCUUUUGAUGUGGCCAUCAUUGUUGGUCGCCUUCGGAUGAUUGGAGAUGAGUACAAUGAAGAAUUGGAACUUAAUGUCAAAAAUGUUAUUGCAGAAGCUGCUAAGAGCCAGGUAGAAGAUAUGCUCAAGAGGACAGUGGAAUCACUCAGUAAGACCUGGUGUGCUCAGGAUUCCAGCCUAGCUUAUGAGAGAGCCUUUUUGGCAGUGUUAGUGAAGCUUUUUCAGCAUGUGUCACAAAAAGCAACCCAAGAAACGACAAAUCAGGUCGCCAAAGGUGUGAUAAGCAUUAUCAAUGGGAAUAAUGGUGUCCGAGAGUUCAUCCAGGCUCAGGGAGGUUGGGUAAGAAAAUCUGGAGUGCUGAAGAAGUAA